CUUACCGUCCCCCGAGAGAAAAAAAAAGCCCUUCCCGUCCCCGUCCCCGUUCCCGUCCCCGUCCCCGCCCGGACCACCGCCUCCGCCGCUUACGGGAUCUGGUAUUCCGCCGCCCCUUUGUCGUUGUUGCUGUCGUCGUCGUCGUUCUCCUUCUCUAAUCUCCUUAGCUUCCCCGGCUGUGCACCGAAGGGACGACGCCCUCGCCGGAUCUGUUCCAGGUUCGGUCAGAAUCUGUAGUCGACAAUGAAUCUCCAGCAAGCUGUGCCGACUAGAUCUUCUUCCAAUGGCUUUGGCCGUAGGAGAGUUGACAGAGAGACGGGGGCCAGGAUGGAUACUAAUAGGAUGCACUCCGGAAAGCCAACUUCUCCUACUUUUGGUUUAGCAAAUGGAAGCCAAGUAGGAGGCGUUGCAGGUCCUUUACAUGAUCGACUAAUUUACAUCACGACAUGUCUUAUUGGUCAGCAUGUGGAAGUCCUUUUGAAAAAUGGGUCUAUAAUAUCUGGAAUUUUUCACUCAGCAAGUGCUGACAAAGAUUUCGGAGUUGUUUUGAAAAUGGCUCGAGUGAUUAAGGAUGGUUCUGUCAGGGAGCAGAAGCAGAUUAAUGAUGCAGUUAAAAAACCUCAGACUAUGAUCAUAACUUCAAGAGAACUUGUCCAUAUUUUUGCAAAGGAUGCAUCAUUAAGUAGUGAUGAAUUUGUGAAUGGGCAUGCAAAGGAGAAGCGCAAUGACCUCUUGAUAGAUUCUGUUAUUUCUCAUCCUCAUCAUGUGGAGGUGGAGAGAGAGCUAGAGCGCUGGAUUCCUGACAAAGAUGAUCCAGCAUGCCCCGAAUUGGAGAAUAUAUUUGAUGGAACUUGGAAUAGGAACUGGGAUCAGUUUGAAACAAAUAAAACUUUGUUUGGAGUAAAGAGUACCUUCAAUGAGGAGCUUUACACAACAAAGCUUGAGAGAGGUCCUCAAAUGAGAGAACUCGAAAUUGAAGCUUCAAGAAUAGCUAGAGAAAUUGAGGGAGAAGAAACUCACGAUCAUCAUUUAGCUGAGGAAAGAGGUAUUUAUUUCCAUGAAGAUUUUGACCUUGACGAGGAGAGCAGAUAUUCUGCGGUACGAAGGGAAGUUGAUGAUGGCAGAUAUGAAGAAAAUGAAAGCUCUUUUCUGGAUGCUCGCAAUGUGGAAACUUUUGGAGGCUCCUUUGGGUCUGUCAUCGGUAGAUCAUAUUCUGAGGUUUUAAGCAAGAAAGUUAAGAGUGAAGCCCAGGCAUCAUCUACCUGCUCGUCAGCGGAUGAUGAUUCUCAAAUACCUGCUGAUAAGGAUGUAUAUGUUUCUGGUUUCACUGACCAUGUUACUUGGCCAACCUCCGUCUGUCCUGUAAAGAGUUCCACGUUCAUGGAUGAGAAGAACAGAUUGGAUGAGAAGACGACCAAAGAUCAAGAUGCAGAAAAGAUUUUGCUGAAUGGGUGCACAGAUAGAAUUGCUUCUGAGGAGGCUCAAACAUCAAAGUCCAAGGAUGUACACCCAUCAACACAUCUUAAAGGACUGUCACCUAGUGCUGCUACAUAUGAUCCUUCAUCUUCUGUUCAAGUAAAUAAAUGUCCAGCUGGUGAAUCUUCAGAUUCUGCAAUAUCUGGCAAAUUGUCUUCUGCUAGUGAAGCUGUAAAUACCUCUCCACGACCUGGUUGUUCUACAUCAUCGACUUCUGAGUGUGUAGGUGCUGGUUCAGUUUCAGGUGGUCCUGGUCUAUCACCAAGCUCAUCAGUAGGAUCAUUAUCUUCAGAAAAGUCAACAUUGAAUCCUAAUGCUAAGGAAUUCAAGCUCAAUCCUAAUGCUAAAAGUUUUAUGCCAUCUGCUUCUGUAAGGCUGCACACACCAGUAUCUGAUGGAUCGUUUUAUUAUGCCAGCAACAUAUCAGCUGCCCCUCAUAUGCAUGGCAUAUCCAUGGGCAUGGGGAUUGGACCGACCUUUGGUGGGCACCAGCCUGUUGUUUACAGUCCACAGGCUGCACAAUUGCAGUCUCCCCAAGCAUUUAUCCAUCCAAAUGGUCCUCCUUUGUAUGGACAGCAGAUGAUUCUUGGGCAGCCUCGGCCAGUUUAUUACAUGCCAACUUAUCCAGCUGAAAUGCCAUACAAAGGGAGAAAUUUCUAAUACAACAGUGAUCGUUCUCCAGUGGUUUCGUGGACCUCCACUGACGUGCUGCCAACCUAGAGCUGACCAUUGGGUUGAAUCACCACUUUCCAACACAUUGAUAUGGCACAUGGAUAAAUAUUGUGGCCCAUAGGAUUCGAUCACUUCUGCAAUUGCCCGGGACAACUGAAUGCUAUUGAGAAACGUUAUGAAGUUGUAAAUUAUUGAACCACUCAAUUUUCAUUGAUAUUGGAAGAAAAGAGCUGAUGUGGCAUACUGGCUUAAUCUUCCGAAAUAUUAUUGUUUGUUAUCUGGUGAUAUUCAUUGGUUAAACAGUGUGUGUAUCACAGUGGGUUACCUGUGAAAGGUCCUGAGAUAUUCUUGCGUGGUGCAUUUAUACAAAUAAAUAAGUGCAGAAACUUGCGUGGUG